GAGCGAGGGUCAUGGCGGCGGCGGUAAUAUUUGUGUUAGGGUUUGCUCUGGGGGCGGUGCUGUUGGUGCUGUGGAAAUACGUCAUGGAUCAGCGGCAGACGCUACGCGACCGAGAGAAGGCGGACAUUCACUUUUUGAACGCGCCGCAGCUGGCGGACAUACGCGCCAUCUGCCGUGAGGACACCCCCGGAUGGGUGCACUUCCAAGAGUUUGAACAU